AUGUCGAGAAUAUUAAAUCAUCGAAUGAGAAUGUCUCUCAAGAAGACGCCGUCAAUAGUCGAUCAGCGGGCUGUCGCGUUUACAAUUUGGACCGGUAGAAGUGUGUUGUUCAAUAGACCAGUACCAAACCACAUUCCCCGUCGUCAAUAUGGUAUGCUGAUAGCAAGAGCCGUGCGAGGGGUUCUUAAGAUACGUUACUUGGUAUUGGGAGGAGCUGUUGGCGGUGGAAUGACACUAAAUAAGAAAUAUUCAGAAUGGAAAGAUGGACUUCCCGAUAUGGGCUGGUUAAAUGAUAUGUUACCUGACAAUGAUCAAUGGGACAGAUUCACUACUACACUUAUUACGGCCAAAGACAGGAUCGGAGACCAACUGCAGAUCGGUGUGCCACUGACGCUGUCGGUCUCAGAUCCUCGUCUGCGGGAGGCUGGGAGGGCGCGGGCCGCUGAACUGAGGGACUGGCUCUCACAGAGGUACGAGGACGCUGUGGCCGCGGCUGCUGUUAAUAAUACUAGUAUUGAACCAGCUCCGAAGAUAGUGAACAACCUUCAGAGUAAACCUGCGCCACAGACGGCGUCCGCUCGUACAGCGGCAGAAGAAGCUGCCGCCUAUGAAAAACGAGUGCACGUCCUCCAAGAAGAGGUGUUAGCAUUGCAAGCGAGAUAUCAAAGAGAGUUGCAGCGACUAGAACAAGAGAACAGAGAGUUGAGACAACAGAACAUGCUGCUGAGACAGGGACGGCAGCCUACUACCAAGAAAAUGAAGCGGUCCCUGAUCGACAUGUAUUCGUCUGUGUUGGACGAGCUGGCAGGCUGGGAGUCAGGCGAGGCUGGCCGACUGCCGAGGGUGGUGGUUGUUGGAGACCAGUCCGCGGGGAAGACUUCCGUGUUGGAGAUGAUCGCGCAGGCCAGGAUCUUCCCGAGGGGCGCGGGGGAGAUGUGUACCAGAGCUCCGGUGAAGGUGACUUUGUCUGAGGGUCCCUACCACGUCGCGCAGUUCAGAGAUUCAUCCAGAGAGUUCGAUCUCAACAAGGAAUCCGACCUCGCAGAUCUGAGAAAAGAAGUUGAGCUGCGCAUGCGCAACAGUGUCCGCGGGGGAAGAACCGUGUCCAGUGACGUCAUCGCCAUGUCCGUGAGGGGCCCGGGACUGCCCCGGAUGGUGCUGGUAGACCUGCCAGGUGUUAUAUCGACACAAACAGUGGACAUGGCGGCUGACACGAGGGAGGCGAUCAAACAGAUGACCAAACAGUACAUGGACAACCCUAACGCGAUCAUACUGUGUAUACAGGACGGUUCAGUUGAUGCUGAACGUAGUAACGUGACGGACCUCGUGGCCUCCUGCGACCCUCAAGGGAAGAGGACCAUCUUCGUGCUCACCAAAGUGGACCUGGCUGAAGAGAACCUCGCCAACCCUAACAGGAUCCGUCGUAUCCUAGAAGGCAAGUUGUUCCCUAUGAAGGCUCUCGGCUACUACGCGGUAGUGACGGGCCGCAGUAGGAAGGACGACUCAAUACAGAGCAUUAGAGAGUAUGAGGAACGGUUCUUUAGAUCCUCGAAACUGUUUAAAGAGGGUCUAGUAGCAGCGGGUCAAGUGACCACUCGCAACCUGUCGCUCGGCGUGGCGGACUGCUUCUGGCGUAUGGUCCGCGACACGGUCGAACAACAGGCAGACGCCUUCAAGGCUAUGAGAUUCAACUUGGAGACAGAAUGGAAGAACACCUUCCCUAGACAGCGUGAGUUAGAUCGUGACGAGCUGUUCGAGCGAGCUCGAGCCGAGCUGUUAGAUCAAUCAGCUGAGCUGUCAGCUGUUCCUCCGCCCGCCUGGGAGCAGAGACUCACUGCCGAGUUGUGGACCUCAACACAUGAGAAGGUGUUCGGGGGAAUAUACUUACCGGCCGCUGCGCUGGCGCAUGAUGACGUCGGUCGGCCUAAAGCAACACAGUUGAAAUAUAAGCAAACCGGCUCUGAUAGGAACCCGGCAAUAUGGAUCGAUCCAUACGAUUUUGAUUACAACAAAUUCAACACGUCAGUGGACAUAAAGCUCCGUGAAUGGGCGGAGAGUGAGUUGGCUAAACAAUCGAUACAGGCGGGCAGAGAUGCUUUAAGAGAGGAGUUUAUAGAACUACUGGCGAGGUCACAAGACACGGACCCUAUAUAUGAACCUGUGAAACGAGCGGCCGUGGAGGAGGCGUUGAAUAGACAUCAGUGGGAAGAAAGGGCCCAGGAUGUUCUACGCGUGUUACAACUGAACGCCCUUCAAGACAGAUGUGUUCGUUCCCGCGGCGAGUGGGACGCGGCCGUGGCGCUUAUGGAGACCGCGCUCAAGGAGAAGAGGGACGAAGUGCAGAGGGAGCUAAGGGACAUGACGGGUCCCGGGUUCCGUGAGCGUUGGCUCCGUUGGACGUCCACUACCGAGGAGCAACACAGACGAGCUGAAGUACGGACCGAGCUCGAGAGACUCGGCUCGUGUAGACCCUCGCUGGCUUACGACGAGGUGGUAGCUGUUCGUGACAACCUCCGUCGUAGAGGAGUGGAGGUGGACAAUGAAUACAUCAGAGAAACAUGGAAACCGGUCUACCUUAAUAACUUCCUCUCCCGGGCCCAGUCCCGCGCUAACGACUGUAAGAAGAGCUUCUAUCUGUACUCACAGCAGAACGGCGCUGAGAAGGAGUGCUGUGAGGUGGUGAUGUUCUGGCGCGUGCAGGCCGCUCUACGGACCACGGCCAACGCGCUCAGACAACAGAUCAGCAACAGAGAGGCGGCCAGACUUGAUAGGGACCUUAGAGAAGUACUGGACGAGAUGGCAGCAGACCCUGAGUUAAAGAAGAAACUGUUAUCAGGAAGAAGAGUUGAACUCGCUGAAGAACUGAAACGAGUAAGACAAGUACAAGAAAAAUUAGAAGAAUUUAUAGAGGCAUUAAACAAAGAGAAGUAA